AUGCCCCACGCUUUUUAUGCCUGUAUGGGUGGGUAUCGGGUGGUCAUUCCCCGAGCCUUUCUCAAUGAGGAUGGUGACACUCGGGAUGAUCCAACGUUGAUAGCUGGGACUGCACAGGGAGACAACGAACAUUAUCAAGUUUUAGUAAAAGAUACUAUGGUAGAAAAGACGUUAUGUUAUAGCCCUCAGCUGACGACCCUAGAGAUACUAGAUGAGCUAGGACUUUUCCUGGCAACUGAGGAAGCUUGCUUACAGGACCGAGGCCUGUCUCUUAUGAAGGAGGAAGACAUCCAUAAUGUCUCGACUUCAGAUGCUGUUAUCAAGGGGUUUGCUUUGUUUUCAAUGCGUAUGGCUUAUCAGUUUGGACAUCACGCGUGCAGCUGCGGGUCUGCCCAUAAGCGCGCUUGA